AUGGCAACCACUUGGCGAUCAGCACUUUCCCUCUACAUGCUUCUGCUGAUGGUGUCCAGAGGCCUGAGCCUGGCCAGUGAUGGCAAUAAGAUAGAGCCUGUAGACACAAAGCAAGACACAAGAUCAGGCAGUCAUGGUGAAGCCGCCUCAAGCUCGGACAGCGGGAGUGAAGUGAACGUGACCCUCACCACCUUACCCAUCGUUUCCUGGAAGUGGGAACAUGUCUCUGAACCGUACCUGGUGGCCCUGUGGAUCAUUGUCUGCUGGCUCUGCAAACUCAUUAUUGAGGCCAACCACCAUGUGACCAACGUGAUCCCAGAGAGUGCCCUGCUCAUUGGCUUUGGCUUUAUCCUGGGUGGUAUUGUUUGGGGUGCAGACUUGGCACAGACAUUCAAGCUGAGCCAAAGAACAUUCUUCUUCUUCCUGCUGCCUCAAAUAAUCCUAGACACAGGGUACUCUAUGCCAAACAAGCUCUUCUUUGGCAACCUGGGGGGCAUCCUGGUCUAUGCGAUCAUUGGGACCUGCUGGAAUGCUGCCAGCUUGGCGCUGUCACUGUGGGGGUGUCAGAAGGGAGGAGCCAUGGGUGACCUGGACAUCGGUUUUCUGCAGUAUCUUCUGUUCGGCAGUCUGAUUGCUGCUGUGGACCCAGUAGCUGUCAUCGCUGUGUUUGAGCAAGUCCAUGUCAACGAGGUCCUCUUCAUUUUGGUGUUUGGGGAGUCGCUGCUCAAUGAUGGCGUGACAGUGGUACUCUUCAAUGUAUGUGAUGCAUUUGUUACACUUGGAGGAUCAAAAAUUAAUGCUGUGGAGAUCAUUAAAGGAAUAAUUUCCUUCUUUGUGGUGGCAUUUGGUGGCUCCCUCCUGGGCUUUGCAUUUGGCAUCCUGAUUUCUCUUCUGACCAGAUGCACUAAAAAUAUCCAGAUUAUUGAGGCAGGCUUUGUCUUUAUCUUGGGAUACCUCUCCUACCUGACUGCAGAGAUGCUAUCCCUGUCUGCCAUCCUCUCAAUCGUCUUUUGUGGUAUAUGCUGCCAGAAAUACAUCAAUGCAAACAUGGAUGAAAGUUCUGUCAACACAGUCAGAUAUGCCAUGAAGGUUUUUGCCAACGGGUCUGAAACCAUUAUCUUUGUGUUCCUUGGCAUCUCGGCCAUUGAUAAGACAAUUUGGGUGUGGAACACAGGCUUCAUCCUGCUCACGCUCUUCUUCAUAUUAAUAUACCGAUUCAUGGGAACAUUUAUCCUCACCUGGAUCCUGAAUAGGUUCAGGCUGGUCCCCAUAGGGCUUAUAGAUCAAGUGAUUAUCAGCUAUGGUGGCCUGCGAGGGGCUGUUGCAUAUGGCCUGGCUGUGAUGCUAGAUGAGACCAGGAUAAAGGAGAAGAACCUGAUGCUCUGCACCACCCUCAUUGUAGUGUACUUCACUGUCAUUAUUCAGGGAAUAACAAUGAAACCCCUGGUCACGUGGCUCAAUGUAAAGAAAGCUUCAGUGUCUGAGGACUCACUCAUAGAAAAAGUGCAGAACAAGGUGUUUGAUCAUAUGCUAGUUGCCAUAGAAGACAUAUCUGGGCAAAUAGGACAUAACUACAUGAGGGACAAGUGGAAUAAUUUUGAGGACAAGUGGCUGUCAAAGCUUUUGCUGAAGCCCUCAGUGAGGAAGAACCGUGACAACAUCUUCGCCGUCUUCCAUCGGCUGAACCUCAAGGAUGCUAUGAGCUAUGUGGCUGAGGGUGAACGCAAAGGCUCUCUGGAGUUUAUCCGCAAUGAAAGUGCAUUCAUUGACUUUACGAAAAAGUUUGAUGACAAAUUCUCAGAGGUUAUGUCUGACAUCAUGGCCGACACAUCAAGCCAUUAUAACAGGGGGUCCAGUAUGAGAAGAGAUCCUGUGCCGUCAGUGUGCCUGGAAGUGCAUGAACAGGCCAUAAAAGGAAUGAAUGGAGUUGAGGACAGUCACCACCUGCUGCAGCAGCAUCUGUACAAGGGCAGGAAACAGCACCUGCACAGGUACAGCCGGAGCAAUUUCAGUGUCAACACAGAUGAAAAUGAGGUGCAGGAGAUCUUCCAGAGGACCAUGAGGAGACGUUUGGAGUCCUUUAAGUCUGCAAAGAUGGGAGUUGCUCCACCAAAGAAAAUUAGCAAGCACACAAAGAAAGACCAGCAACAAAAGAAGCCAAAUGGAAACUCAGCAGACAAAUGUAAAAGCUACCACUCUGGGGAUGAAGAUUUUGAGUUCUCAGAGGCAGACAGCGCCAACGGCUAUGAUGUCCCAGGUUCUCUCCCCAUGAGGGUCACCUACAGAGCAGGAGCUGGAAUUGAGAACCCAACCUUCAUGCCAGAUCCGGACCCCACGGCAUCGAUGCACAUCCCUCCGUGGCUUGCAGACACUGAGGUUGACAGUAGUAUUGCUGCUCCUUCACAGCGAGCCCAGGUGAGGCUGCCCUGGACCCCCAGCAACCUGCGCCGUCUGGCUCCUCUUCGCCUCAGCACCAACUCCACUGACUCCUUCAUGCUGCCUGAGGCCCCUGCCACACAGCAGAGGGGCAACGAGCAGCAGCCGCCAUCUGCACCACCUCCUACUAAGCGACACAUGUAA